UACCGGCACAGCUAUUUGCACUCAAAGGUUUUCUCAAGUAGAUUAACAUGAUAACUCUGAUACUAUGAACGGAAAAGAGAAACAUGGUCAACGCCCUCAUUAUCUAUCAGAAAAGAAUGUAGAAAUACCAGUAGACACGAAGAAAAACGUUCACCAAAGUUCAAAUAAAAUAUUUUUGAUGAAUACAGAUACAAUAUGUUUGGUACUGGCUGGAUUGUUUACCCACUUGGUAUUUUUUUACUCAAUAUUUGAUAUUUACUUCACAUCACCUCUGGUUCAUGGAAUGAUUCCACAUGUAUCCCCUCUGAAACCUGCUGCCAAUCGUCUUGUACUAUUUUCUGCGGAUGGUUUAAGAGCUGAUAAAUUUUUUGGACUAGAUGAAAAUGGACUAUCAAGAGCACCUUACCUUAGGAAUAUAAUACAGAAGCAUGGUGCCUGGGGUGUUUCUCACACUAGAGUACCUACAGAAUCCAGACCUGGACAUGUAGCACUUAUUGCUGGCUUUUAUGAAGAUGUUAGUGCUGUUGCCAAAGGUUGGAAAGAAAACCCAGUAGAAUUUGAUUCAGUUUUUAAUCAGAGUAGAAACACUUGGUCUUGGGGCAGCCCUGAUAUCUUACCAAUGUUUGCAAAAGGAGCCAGUGGUGACCAUGUAUUUACAGAGAUGUAUACAUCAGAUGAGGAAGAUUUUGCAGCAUCCCACGCUUCUGACCUUGACACAUGGGUAUUUGAUAAAGUUCAGGCCUUCUUUGAAAGAGCUAAAUUAGACAGAGAUUUGUAUGAAAAAUUACAUAAAGAUAAAAUUGUAUUCUUCCUACAUUUGCUUGGUAUAGACACUAAUGGACACUCACACAAACCACACUCAGAGGUGUAUUUAAAGAAUAUAGAACUUGUUGAUACAGGAAUAAAAGAAAUGGUGAAGCUGUUUGAUGAUUUUUAUAAAAGAGAUAGUAAAACUACAUAUAUAAUGUCAUCAGACCAUGGCAUGACAAAUUGGGGAUCUCAUGGAGCAGGGAAUCCACAUGAAACAUUAACUCCUGUAGUGGCAUGGGGAGCUGGUAUCAGAGGACCCCUAGAAUCAAAUAAAGAUACUUACCCUGAUUCAUAUUCUGAAGAAUGGAAAUUACAAGAUAUAAAGAGAACUGAUGUUAACCAGGCAGAUAUAGCCCCAUUGAUGUCAUCUGUCAUAGGAAUACCUUAUCCUAUGAACUCUGUUGUAAGUAUUCACAGAUAUUUAUUACAGGCAGAUAUAGCCCCAUUGAUGUCAUCAGUCAUAGGAAUACCUUAUCCUAUGAACUCUGUUGGUACACUUCCAUUAAAUUUCCUCAACAGUUCAGAUUUUGAGAAAGCUGAGAGCAUAUUUGCAAAUGCACAACAAGUUUUGGAGCAAUAUCAGGUUAAAAUGGACCAGAAGAAGUUAACAACUUUAUCAGUUGCAUUCAGGCCAUUUAGUAAACUACUGCCAAGUAUUCAGAAAGACAGAAUAAGAAACAUCAGAAACUUAAUCAGCAGUGGACAAUAUCAAUUAGCUAUUACAGAAUCUCAAACAUUAAUAGAGCUGGGUUUAGAAGGAUUGAAUUACUAUCAUGGAUAUGAUCGAUUCUUUUUGGGUUUAAGUAUUGUUUUUGGAUUUGUUGGUUGGAUGAUCUACACAUUGACCUUAGUACUGAGGGAUCACUCUGGAUUGGUCAGUGUAACAACAAAGCUUGAGAAGUUGUCACAACCAAUAUGGUUACAAGAAAAGCCAAUAAAACUGGUAUUUGCUAUAGUUGGAUUAGCUGUUAUUGUUCUUUUAACAGUUCAGUCACUUCCCUUAACCAAUUAUAUGUAUUGUUUAAUACCAGUAGUUUUAUGGAUGUUUGUUGCUUUGAGAUUGACAGUUUUCAAGCAGUUAUUUAAAAAAAUGAAUCUUACAAAGAAUAUAAAGACAGUUUUCAUAGCCAUUGUUCCACCUGUUUUAGGGUUAGAAAUACUGGUGAUGGGUUUCUUUAAAAGAGAACUGCUAUCGGUUGGCUUAAUUAUGAUAGCAGUAUGGCCUUUGAUAACAGCCAAAAAUAUAUGGAAAGAUAAGGUAACAGCAGCUGGUUGGAUUGUCUCAUGUCUGUUGCUAUCUGUGUUUCCAUUAGCUCCAGUUGUUGGAAGGCAAAUUAAUUAUGUUUAUGUAAUAACAAGUGGAGUUUUUGUUGUCUUAUCAGCUUCCUAUUUGAUAUUCUGUUUAAAGAGAAGUCAUGAAGCAAGAAAAGAAAGAAAAUUCAGACAUCAGCAUCUUUUUAUAGUUAACAUUAUUCAGAUUGUAGUUAUUGGUUUAGCCACAUAUAAUGUAUGGACAGUCUCCAGUAGUAUAGCUAGAAGUAAAGGUCUUCCAUUUAUAAAUCGAUUAACCAGCUAUGUCAUAUUAGUGUUUUCAAUGAUUUCCCCAUUCCUUGGAGGGACGUCAGUGACACACAGAUUGUUUACCAUAACCUUAGCAUUAUUUCCUCCAUAUUUACUGCUAAGUAUAUCAUAUGAAGAUUUAUUUUUUGUCACUUUGACUGCAGUUUUGUAUUUUUGGAUGAAAUUAGAGAUAAAUUUGAACGAUAAAAAAGUCAGUUUAGACAAUUGUGAUUUUGUUUCCUCAAGUGAAAAUCAGCAACACAGAAGUAUAAACGCUGAAGAUAUAAGAAGAGCAUUCUAUUAUAUAUUUUUUAUACUAAUAGCAUUUUUUGGAACAGGAAAUAUUGCAAGUAUAAACAGUUUUGAACCAGCCUCAGUGUAUUGUUUUGUUACAAAGUUUGAUCCAUUUGUGAUGGGUUCUCUCAUGAUGUUAAAGAAUGUACUGCCAUUUGUUUUGGUAAGCUGUGUUUUUCAUGCCAUACAUGUACUGACAGCUAUUCCAACCAAAGCUUUGUUCCUGAUAGUGCUCGUCAUGUCAGAUUUCAUGGCAUUAAAUUUUUUCUUCUUGGUUAGAGACUAUGGUAGUUGGUUAGAGAUUGGGACAAGUAUAAGUCAUUAUGUGAUAGUGAUGUGUAUGAUUAUAUUUCUCAUGGUACUCUUUGUUCUAUCUCAUGCUUUGACAACUGUCUCAGUUCUCCCUAGGAUAAAACAAAGUAGAGAGUGAGUCAUUAUCAGCAUUUUAGAUAAUCCUGCAUGUCUGUGGAGAAAGAAAUAAACAGUAUCAUCUAUUCUAGUCUUAGUAUACUAUGUUUGUUUGACUAAUGUCUUCCAAUGACAUUCCGAUUGUUUUUGUUAAAUGAUAAGUUUUUAUGACAUCAGAGACAAUCAGAAGAGACUGUAAUUUUUUAAUAUGAUAAUUAUUGAACUAUUUGUCUGACAUUAUUUUGUAUGUAACCUUACUCCAGAUUUUUUUUUUAAAUUUUACUUGAAUUUUGAUUCUCAUAUUUAUACUAUUCAUUAUCCAUAAUACUCAUAUUUAUACAAUGUAUAAAUACAUUAUUCAUACCAUAAGAAAUGAUUAUACUUUUAUUUUAGGUUAGAUCAUUUUUCACUCAUUACCUCACCUUGAAAUCACUCACAGCAUUUUUUCAUUAAAUGAUCAAGAUAUAAGGAUAAAGUACUUGUAUUGUGUGAACUGAUGCUGGAAAUCUAAUAAAAAGGAAUUUCUUUUUAAGCUUGCAUCAACAGACAACAAAAGCACAAAAUUUGUACAAAAAUCACAGUUUUAUGGAAAUUAUAUGUUGAAAUCUCUUUUCACAUUUAUUUUUAUAUAUUAGGAUGUAAAAAUGUUAUGUCAUCUCAAACACCCCAGCUCAGUAUGGAGAUCAACAUGUUUACAUUGCUUCCAAUUAUUAUUUAUUAUUAUGAUUAUUAUUAUUUAGAAAAUGUUCAAUGUUGGCAAUGAAUAUAGAAAAUGAUAAAUUCAUAUCAUUAUGCAUAAUAUCACAACAGUAUUUGAUGCUGUUGAUAAGAAGCUGUUCUCUUGGACUAAGUUACCCACUAAAAUCACAAUCUUUAUGAAGGACUAUAAAAUCCUACUGUAUGCAUAAUAUAAGUUUAGUCUAAGUUUUGCACUUUCAAACCAUCAGCUAAGAUUUUUUACAAACAUGUUUGUGACUGUUGGAUUUAAUCUAUUCAGUGAUGCUGUUUUUAAGAAAUUGCUUGUAUGUUUUUUUCCAAUACAAGGAAGUAUUUAAUCUAUAUUUUUGAGUUGCUACCAAAGUUUGAUUUCAGAUCCACACACAAAUAACAAAUUUUAUUUAAACCAUAAAGUCAAUACCCAUACAUUAUAUUACUCUAGUCAGGGAUACUGUUACAAAAAGAAGCCCCUGCAUGUAUUUGCCAAAGUGUCUUAUGUUAUACAGUAAUAAGAUAUGGCAAUCGAAGCCAAUCUUGAUUUAUGAAAAAUUACAUAAUUUAUGAAGUCACAUAAUAACUGAUAGAAAUCCAAUAUGUGAAAAAUGUUAAUUGCUUGUUAGAAUAUCAUGAUAAAUUACUAACAUAUUGACUUC